AUGUCACCGCAAGACACUGCCGGCCGCCCCGGUGAAGACAAGCCGGAGGGCUUGUCCAAGUAUAUCAAGCGCAUGAAGACGGUUCUGCGCGCGCGCUCGAGUUCGAAGCGCCAAUCCCUGGUGGCCGUCCCCGAAUCCGCCGAGGCAUCAUCAAGUACACCAGCUCCACCAACUACAGCUGCGCCCACAUCUCAACCCGAACCCGAUGUCCCCGCGGAACCAGCCAUGGCCACCGACUACAGCGCAAUCCAACAAGAGAAAGCGCGCGCCAUCUUCGCCAAAUACGGCCUCACCCUUGAACCCGGCGAAUGGAAAUCCCCAACGGACAUCCAAUUCGCCCGAGUCACCAAACCAAUCCGCAUGCGUGUCCAUCGCACCUGCCACCGCUGCGAAACAACCUUUGGCCCAGAAAAGGUCUGCGUCAACUGUCAACACCCCCGAUGCAAGAAAUGUCCUCGCUUCCCACCAACCCGCGAGACAGACGACGAUGAGCACCCGCGCGUGCCCCGGCCUCGCGUCGCCGAGAUUCGCGCCCGGCAACCGGGUACGCUCCCUAUUACGCCGCAUCUCAAGUUGACGGGCAACCCUGCCGCACCGCUGGUUAUGCCCUCGCGCACGGGCGGACAGGAUCUCGUUCGGAAACAGGUUGUCCAGCGAGUUCGCAGACGGUGCCACUCGUGCGAGACGAUGUUUGCACCUGGUUCCAAGGUGUGCUCGUCCUGCAGCCAUGUGCGGUGCAAGAAAUGUCCGCGCGAUCCGCAUAAGCCGGACAAGUAUCCUGAUGGAUAUCCCGGGGACGUGGAACCCCCGAGAGUCAAGCCCGAGCGGACGUAUAGGAGACCACGACAGAGGGUGCAUUACAUUUGUCACGUUUGUAAAACGGAUUACAAUGAGGGAGCGAAUUUGUGUGGGAAGUGUGGACAGGCCAAGUGUGCGGAAACUAUACGGAUUCCGCCGAAGAAGAUUAAACGAGAACCGAACCCCGACGUCGUUCGGAGCGUUGAAGAGAAGAUAGCAUCCUUGAAGAUUUCAGAGUGA